GAUACGUUCAUAGUAGACUUUCAAUAGUUCGAAGCUAGAAAAAUGCUGAGUCGAAGUUCUUUCACACUGCUGCUCAUUGGCUUGAUAGUAUCCGAGUUCUUAAUCGGGGAUGUGAGCGGAGCACCACCCGCGAGGAACGUAAACGAAAAAGACAUGUAUGGAGAGACAGCUCUGCAUAGAGCUGCUUUUGCUGGCAAAGUGAAGGAAGCUGAAAACCUCAUCGCUGAAGGAGCCGACCUCAAUAUUGGAAAUAAUUUUAAUGAGACGGCUCUGCAUUAUGCUGCUAAGAAAGGUCACAAGAGUGUCGCCGAACUUCUCAUCCACAAAGGAGCCAAUCUUGAUAGUGAAACUAAUAUGAAAAAGACACCUCUUCAUUGUGCUGCUUCCCAUG